CUUGAGUGGUUACAAGCCCCUAGUCCUACAAUGUCUUUAUACCGUUCAAUCAAUAUGGUUGAUGGUGGUGGAUAUGGCGAAGGCGGUUCUGGAGAGAAGCUAGGAGGUGUAGCUAUCUUUCUUGCUGGCACUUUUGUACUGAUAGGCACAGGAAUAUCUCUGAUAUCGAUAUGGUCCCACCUCAAAAACUACAGGAAGCCAAAUCUACAGAGACAGGUCAUCCGCAUUCUAUGGAUGGUUCCAAUUUACGGCAUAUCAUCCAUCAUAUCACUCGUUUCGCUCAAUCUCGCAUUCUAUGUUGAUACAUUUCGAGAUAUCUAUGAAGCAUUUGUCAUCUACGCCUUCUUCAACUUGUUAUUGAACCGAUUAGGAGGAGAACGAGCUUUGAUUAUCAUGCUACACUCACGACCUCCGUCUGAAAAUUUCUUCCCGGGCACUCUGUAUUCUCGCGAGAUAUACGUUGGCGAUCCUUAUACGUUCCUUUUCGUCAAGCGCGGUAUCUUACAGUUUGUUUAUGUCAAGCCUUUCUUGGCUGUGCUUACCAUGAUACUGAAGGCUACGGACAAUUAUCAUGACGGAGAAAUCAGUUGGACAAGUGCAUACUUUUAUCUUACAUUCUUCUACAACCUCAGUGUAUGUUUGAGCUUGUGGUGCUUGGUGGUGUUCUUCUAUGCCACAAAGAAGGAUCUGAAGGACUUUCGCCCUCUGCCUAAAUUCCUUUGCGUCAAAGCUAUCAUCUUCUUUUCAUUUUGGCAAAGUGUUGUCAUUGCUCUCUUAGUUGCUGCGGGAACUAUCCGUGAUGAUGGUCCGGAACAUAUCGCAGUAGCUAUUCAGGAUCUGUUGAUUUGUUUGGAGAUGGUACCUGCCUCCAUUGCUCAUAGCUUUGCUUUUUCGUAUGAGGAUUAUUUGGAGCCAAAUGUGCACUCCGCAAGAAUGCCCCUUCGUUAUGCUGUAAGGGAUUCUGUUGGUAUCAAAGAUGUUAUUAUGGACUCCCUUGAUACAUUACGAGGAGACAACUUCAAUUAUCGUGCAUUUGAGCCUUCAGAAGGCGUACCCCAUAUUGGAUCCAGCAGAACGUCCCGUAUCAUGGCUGGCCUUCGCUACUCCACAAGCACAGCCAAAAAACAUUGGCUUGAACCAGCUCCUCCAUCACAUUACAUUGCUAGCUCUGUCCGAGGUGCACCUAAUUCUGAUGGAACUCAUAUGUGGGAAGAACAGGAAGAGUUAGAGUUCGAAGACCCUGACCCUAAUGAAGAAAUUGAAAAACUUUACACGUCAAGUCGCAAAAUGUUAUUUGGAGACUAUAACUUUCCUGUGAUUGAUUUCACUGCCCCAUUAUAUCGAAGAGGAGGUUCCUAUGGCGCUGUUGGGCAAUCUAACCUUGCAUCAAACCCACUCCUCCGCCCGUCAAUUUCCGACAUGAACAAAUACAGGAGCAGUAUGGAGACUGUGUUAGCACAGCGAGAGGGAUGUGUUGACGUUGUAGUCGAAAGAGGAAGAGGAAAUUACGUGUUGAACUACCAAGGCAAAAACCAACGCUCAUUAGAUAAGACAAUGUCGCCCAGCAAGAUGAAAGCACUAGCGGAAGCCAAGCGAAAAUCGAUAGAUGCUCCGAGUACGCCACGCCUUCGCGAUAGUCGACCACUCACAGUAGCCCCGCAAACUAGAGCUACAUCUUCACAGCUUGUGCAAAAUGUUGAUCUUGUUGAAAACAGCCAGUCUGACAACCGAAACAAUCGUCAUCCAGGAAGUGGGGCAGCAUCACCUGAUCCGUUCGAUACCGCUAGCGGCAACGGCUCCGUGAACUUUGGGGAAACCAGCCCGUUUCUAGAUAACAAUGAAGAAAACCAAAAUGUAUGGAGAAACGGAUGGAGUUAAUAUGUUUUAGUCUAGCCCUGCUGCCUUGUAAUAUUGUAAUAUACAUCUUGGAUAAUCGAUUGGUAACAACAGCUUUUAAUGGCUAAGCAGGUAUGCCAAAUCUGAUGCUGUCUGUGACUAGACGUUGACUCUGUCUUCCAGAACGGUACAAUACCACGCUAUUCGGUAUCGGGUUUCUUGUAACCGCACUACUGAUGUAGUAGCUGUGUUGCGAUGAAACUCUGCAUC